UUACAGGAAAAUAUUUUCACCAGUGCAGGUCUAUUUGAGAAUCUCAGAAUGACAACAAAUGCUCCAACAUCUGCAGACGCAUGUCAGAGCAUUGUGCACAGUCUGAUGUGCCAUCGACAAGGUGGAGAAUCAGAAGGUUUUGCCAAGCGUGCCAUUGAAAGUCUGGUGAAGAAACUCAAAGAGAAGCGGGAGGAAUUAGAUAGCUUAAUAACAGCAAUUACUACUAAUGGAGCACAUCCAAGCAAAUGUGUCACUAUCCAGAGGACACUUGAUGGCAGGUUACAGGUUGCAGGGAGGAAGGGCUUUCCCCAUGUCAUAUAUGCUCGUAUCUGGAGAUGGCCUGACUUGCAUAAGAAUGAGCUCAAGCAUGUGAAAUACUGCCAGUUUGCCUUUGACUUGAAAUGUGACUCAGUGUGUGUCAAUCCUUAUCAUUAUGAACGGGUGGUGUCACCUGGAAUCGAUCUAUCCAGCCUAUCUCUGUACCAGUCCAACGGAGAGAGCAGCAGUGGUCCAAGUGUUAAAACAGAGUAUGGGAGCCCCCCUGGAGUGCCUGUGGGACCAUUUGAUGGAGGGACCCCACAAACCAUUCAGCAUUUCCCUCCUCGGAGUGGAUCUGUGCCUUCCUCCAGCACUGUCUCAGAUCCAUUCACACGGCCUAUUAUGUCUGCAUCUGCACCUGGUCCUAGUGCCAUCAUACAGGGAGGACCACAAGGUUCGCCACCAAUGCAACCAAGCCUUCACUCCCCAAUACCAGAGGUAGCUCCAGUGUCACAGCAAUCCCAGCAGUCAGUAGGCAUGUCACCGUCUGCACCAGUGCAGGUGGCACCUCUGACUCCACAGACUCCUGGCAGCAUGCCCCCAACUCCCAGCGGACCCCCUACCCCCCAACAACCCCAGUCUACCUUCUUUCCUCAGGAACAUCUCCCUCAUGGAGGGAGUGGUAACCUGACACUGAGCUUGAGCAACAGCAGCAGCACUGGGGCAGUAACUUUGCCAACUCAGGCAGUGGCAGUAAAUAGCCAAACAGUUGCAUCGGGAGGUGUGGUUUGCACGAGCCAGGCUGCCCUGUCCAAUGGCUACCAGGGACCCAUUGCCACUGCUGCCAGCUGUCAAGCCCCUGUUGUUUCCUGGCCCAACUCCUCCCAUGCCACUCUCACCUACACCACCAAUGGACCCACACAUGGAGGCUUCUGGGGACCAACCCAAGUUGAAGCUGAAGGUCCAUUGAGCACCCAGCCUCCUCCUGAAUACUGGUGCAGUAUUGCCUACUUUGAACUGGAUCAACAGGUUGGUGAAACAUUCAAGGUUUCAUCCAGCUGUCCUUCUGUCACUGUGGAUGGAUAUGUGGACCCAUCUGGUGGGAGCCGUUUCUGCCUUGGGGCUUUAUCAAAUGUCCAUCGCACAGAGCAGAGUGAAAAGGCCAGAUUGCACAUAGGGAAAGGGGUGCAGCUAGAUUUGCGGGGAGAGGGAGACGUGUGGCUGCGCUGCCUCUCAGACCACAGUGUCUUCGUGCAGAGCUAUUACCUGGACCGAGAGGCUGGCCGUGGUCCUGGCGAUGCAGUGUUUGACUUGAGACAAUGCUACAAGCAAAUGCAACAGCAGGCAGCCACUGCUCAAGCAGCUGCAGCCGCACAGGCAGCAGCCGUUGCCGGCCACAUCCCUGUUUCGUGCCUGGGGCCAGGGCUGAACGCAGCAGCUGGGAUCGGGGUGGAUGAUCUGCGCCGCCUGUGCAUCCUUCGCCUGAGCUUCGUCAAGGGAUGGGGUCCCGACUACCCCCGCCAGAGCAUCAAGGAGACGCCUUGUUGGAUUGAGGUUCAUCUCCAUCGUGCCCUACAGCUCCUCGAUGAGGUCCUUCACACGAUGCCGAUCGAUGGCCCUCGGCCCAUCGAAUGA